AUGAGUUUGGUUACCGAUUGCAAGUCUGACGCUGAAUUUACUUCUUUCUUGGUAAAGGCCGAAGCCACACCGGUGAUAGCGGACUUCUAUGCUACAUGGUAUGUUUUUACUGUUCUUUCUUGAAUUUUAGGUAAAGCAGGCUUACUGAAAGAGGUAUUUGUAGGUGUGGGCCAUGCAACUUGAUUGCACCAACAUUUAGAGAUUUGGCUCAGAAGUACACUCAAGUCAAGUUUGUGAAGGCUGAUGUUGAUCAUUGUAUUCAGGCCAAGGAAAAGUUUCAAAUCCAAGCUAUGCCUACGUUCGUGGCCAUUAUUAAUGGGUAAGUUUUUAUUUUAUUAUUUGUUUCGAAAUGCGGGGAUUUAGGUAUGAUUUUUAGGUUUUUUUUGAUUAUUUGGUGCGAUGUUGAAUAUCACUUUAUUAUUUUUUUAAUUUUGAUUAUGGUGAACAGAGUUAUAUGAAAAUUUGAGCGAUUGUAGAGGAGUAUUUGAGCUACCUUAUGCAUUCUUUUGUAUAAGUUAUUAAAAACUGUGUGUUGAGAUAUGUUACUCCGACCAAACACCUUAAUUUAGAUAAUAGUUUGGCCUAAAACUGCACAACAGUGCAAAAAUUUCAUGCAUAUAUGUGUUAGCAUUAUCAAAAAAGAAUCUUUUUAGACAAAGAAUGGACACAAUUAAAGGAGGUGACCCCAACAGACUUCACGAUUUUGUUCAAAAAUGGGCCGAAAAGGCUGCUCCAUUGAGUCCAUGUCCAGUAGCUGGUCAAACUGAUUUGACAACUUUUUUGGACAAACAAGGCAUUGAGUGCUUGAAUGAAGAUGACAGCCAGAACAUUCAGGCUAUGUUGGCUGGAAGAUCGGAGUUGAGGUCGGAUUGUGAUGAACAACUUAUCAUCAAUAUACCAUUCAUUACUCCAGUCAAGGUUCACUCGAUUGAAAUUAAGGGAAAAGGUAAGUGGGCUGGUUUUGGUUGUCAAUGGGUUUUUAGGGGUAUUUUAGAGGUUUUUUAUUUUUCAAACUUGUUUUAUCAAUUUCAGGAGAUCACGCUCCAAAAGACGUUAAGAUCUUUGCCAACGUUCCUCACACUAUUGACUUCGACAAAGCUCAAAGUGCCGAACCAAUCCAAACCCUGAACUUUGUGGAUGACCAAGUUCAGAGCUUGAAGUUUGUCAAAUUCCAGAAUGUGAAGAAUAUUCAAUUGUUCAUUGCCAACAACAAAGGUGAUGAAGAUGUCACUAUCAUCGAAGAUAUCCGACUUUAUGGUUCAGCCGUGGGCCAAACUCAAAUGCAAGAUUUCAAGCGGGUAGGUACUUCUAAAUAGCCGAGAUUGUAUUAUAAUGUAGCUACUACUUUGUGAUAUUUUGGGCGGAUUUUUUUUGUUAAUAGGGAGUGUUUUUUGAAUUUUUGUAAAGUAAAAAUGUUAAUUUUAAAACAUUGUGAAAGAAGCCCAAUAUACUAUUUUAGGUAACAAAAGUGACUAAAUCACGAAAUUUUUCAAUUUCAGGUAUCCGGAAAGGUUGGAGAAGCCGGCCAUUAA